GUCUGAAUCGAGUUGGAUUCAGAGCACUUUCUAUCACGAGCGCGGCAGCACCCAUGUCUCAAGAUAGGUACACACACUUUCUGGCCUGGCUGGCCAUCGGCAGUGCCCUGGCGAUGGCGCAGGUAAGCGCCUACUCGGGCCUUAUACCGCCGGAUCCAUCAAAUCCCGGCAGAUGCACUUAUCGGGGCGACGCCUUGGAGUCGGGUGUCAAAAGCGGUAUCUCCCCCUGCCAGCGCCUCACAUGCAACGCGGAUGGCUCCAUACUUAUCGAGGGCUGCGGCAAACUGCGAAUUGAGAACUGCAAUCGAGGCGAGCGCAUCAACCAUGGCAAACCCUUCCCGGAGUGCUGUAAGCUGAAGUACAAGUGCAAGCACAUCGGGGCGGCACCCUUCUACAUUGAGCGGGAUACGGCGGAGCCACUGUUGCAGGAGUUGCAGCAGCAGUAGCAGCAGCCCGUGAUUAAGAUCAUGAAAGCCGAGGAUGCCAUAUUCAUGUAUUUUU